UAGCCGCUAACGGCUAACAGGGCUCGCAAAGGUGCGAGCGCACUGCGCCAAAACACGUUUAAAUUCUUCCAAGUUUUAAAGAAGUGAAGUCUAUUUUGCAGGGCAUUGUUUAUGCAUCGUAAAUCUAAGAGGCUACAAAUUACCGAAGAUGUCGAAAAGUCUGACACUGGGAAAAGAAGAUUAUAACUAACGCCGCGCAGGUGAGCUCCUGUCCAGGCACAUUGGUCCAUGUUUGAUGGACCUUUGGGCUCUGGGCUCAACUAGCAUGAAGAUGGCUGAUUCAGAGAAGGCAGAGGAAUUUGGGGAUGCUGAGUGCCCCCCGGAGUGCCUUGAUGAAGCACAAUCAGCCACGGCUUCUCUUCAGGGAGAGCAGGAUGAGCAUCUGAAAACGGAGACCACCACCAGUACCAGCUCACCACCAAGGGAAAAGGAGGCAGACAGCCCCUUGAAUACAGAGGGUGAGCAGAGUCUCCUCUCCAUGCCAUGCCUGAUGAAAGAGCUCCGCCGAGACUCCCCAGAGUCCCAGCAUGCCUCUACAGGGAGUGACAAGCCUGUGUCUCGACAUAUCUAUGAGAGUGACUCCUCAAACCCCUGCAUGCUCUCCCCCUCAUCCAGUGGCCACCUCGCUGACUCAGACACACUCUCCUCAGGGGAAGAAGGUGCUGCUCCUCCUGCAGGAGGAGAGGAAGAGGGCAACAUGGAAGCCGUAAAUGAUCCUGGGCAGGCAGCCGGAAAGCAAACAUCUGCCACGGCGACAGGGGGGAGAAAGUCUCGGCGGUCACGUUCAGAGAGCGAGAUGCCUCCCAAUGCAAUGGCUGCAAAGAAAAAUCGCUGCCAGCCCACUGUGGUAGCAGCAGGAGGGCAGGAAAAACAAACCAAUGGCAAGCUGGGGAAAGUGAAAGGUCAUCGUAGCCAGAAACACAAGGAGCGUAUGCGCUUGCUGAGACAAAAACGAGAGGCGGCAGCACGGAAGAAGUAUAACCUGCUGCAGGACAGCAGUACAAGUGACAGCGAGCUCACAUGUGACUCCAGCACCAGCACCUCUGAGGACGAGGAUGAUGACACUUCAGGAGGUAGCAAGACAAUCAAGACAGAUAUUCCAGCUGGCUUCAGACGUGCAUCGGAGAGAUCCAGAGUGGGCGCCCAGAUUCAUGGGCUGCUGGACAGCGGUUCGUGGGACAGGAACGGCAUCGGCAGCGUUCUGGAGGAGGCCAUGACGCGCUUUGCCGUGAUGCAGCGCCAGACUGAGGAGCGCUUCCGCAUCUGGAUGGAAAAGCUUGCACACCUCGACUCGGACAACGACUCAUCCAAACGCUCAAGUGAUGCCUUAGAGGGGCAGCAGCAUCACUCCCAGGGGGCACGCCCGUCCCCGCCCAGUUCCUUUUUACCAUCGUCAGAGUCUGCAGAGACUAUGGCUGCCUACAUGCUGGCACGAGAGAACAACAGUCUCACCCCCACCCCUAUAAACAACAACAUCCUACCUGAAGUGGUCACUCAGAAUGGAAAUCUAGGUGUUCCAGACCCUGGUCUCUUGAAUGUUUAGAUUUCACUUCUUCACUCCUUGCAGUUUCAUACUUUGAUCUUACCAAGUGUAGAAUUAGUUGAUGCAGAAAGCAUGGCAAUGGGUUUUAAUAGGUAAAUGAUGCGAGGUCACUUAACGGAUACACCAUCAACAUCAGUUGGGCCUGCGCUGGUCAUUUGAACUUGACUGUGCAGACCUGAGGCCCAGUGCAUCUGCUGGCACUGAAUCACUGUGAGAUUUGACAUUCUGAAUAAUUCAACUCACCUGUUUGAUUUCUGCAGCAUCUGUGACACGGACACAGGACAUAUCUCAAUAUACUGUUGAGUCAGGGCUCUUACUGUAUUGCUUAUUGUAUGGCUUGUUUGUUUUUGUGAAC